GGGGCUCCCUCGUGGAAGUCAUGCUAGGGCUGGGUGACUUGUGGGGGACCCUUGGUGAGGAGGUGCAGGGACACCCCCCCCUCUCCCCCCAACAUGAUCCACCUGGUGGUGGGGUGGGUCCAUACUAGGCAUUCUCUCAGGGGCUGGACUUGUCUGAGGUCCCACUCAGGGAGUGUGUGUGGAGGUGCUAGAUACCCCUGUGGGGGAGCUGCAUCCCCAUGAGCUGGGGGGGACCCCUUGGGUGAUUCUAUUGGCAGCUGGGGGUGGUGACCCAUUGGGAUAGGGGGUUGCUAGGGGCCCCAUCAGGUUGAUUGUCCUGGGGAACAGGAGAACUUGGAGAACUUGUAGGGGUGAUCACAUGGGGGAGGUCUGGGGGGGAGAUGAAGGUUGCCCCCAUCUCUGGGUUAGCCUGCAGGCACUUGGGGGGGGUCUUCUUUGUAUUGUCUCUGGGUGACAGACCUGGUCUAGGCUGAGUCUCCCCCAUUCCAGGCAGAGUGAGGCUUUAACUUUCUAGCACCAUUUGGAAAGUGGAAAACUAACCCUGCGUUUCCUGGCUUUUCACCUUUUGUUUUCUGUCUUUUGGACUUAACUCUGAACAUUCUUGGGAGGAUUAAGUUGCCCCCACGUCUCCUGGUUUCCCAGCAAUUGAGUUCCUGGACUUCAGCUCUCGUGUUCCAGAAGGGACGUAAUGGCCACAUGGCUGCAACCUUAUCUGCACCUUAGCCAUGUAAUCUGUGUACCAACCGUACAGGCUGGGGCGUUUUUCUGGCUAGUUUCCCUGCUGCUGGCCUCUUUGAUCUGGUUCAUUUCAGUGCAGCUCAGCGAUCGGGAGGACUCCAGGCUGCAGUAUGGCCUCCUCGUUUUUGGGGCCGCGGUUUCGGUGCUGCUGCAGGAGGCGUUUCGAUUUGCCUACUUCAAGCUACUCAAGAAAGCCGACGAAGGCUUGGCGACGCUCAGUGAGGAUGGGCAGUCUCCCAUCUCCCUCAAGCAGAUGGCCUAUGUGUCGGGGCUGUCCUUCGGGAUCAUCAGUGGGGUCUUCUCGGUCAUUAACAUCCUGGCGGACUCCAUAGGGCCAGGCAUCGUAGGGAUCCAUGGGGAUUCGCCUUAUUACUUCAUCACGUCAGCAUUCCUGACCAUGGCCGUCGUCUUCCUACACACGUUCUGGGGGGUGAUCUUCUUUGACGCCUGCGAGAGGCGGCGGUAUUGGUCCCUGGCGCUGGUGGUGGCCAGUCACCUCAUCACGUCUGGGUUGACGUUCCUGAAUCCCUGGUACCAGGCCAGCCUCGUCCCCAUUUACAUCAUCACCAUCUCCAUGGGCGUCUGGGCCUUCUUCACGGCCGGAGGCUCCUUGCACAACGUCCUCGCCUGCCUCUCCUGUAAACAGGAGGAAGAGAACCGAGUGAUGGUGUACUCUGCACUGCAGGUCCCCGUCGAGGACUGAGCCCCUCCUCAGGCCAGCACCUGCCUGCCAGAGACAUCCAGGGAAGACCAAUACCCCAAGUGCCCUGUUCUCUGCGGCUGGGAGCAGCCUGGGACUCGCCCUCCCCAUGGCAGGAGCUGGGGCAUGGGACUCAGAGCAGAUCACCCUGUUCAUGGGGCUGGGCAGCUGCGCUGGUGGAGGUGCGGCUGGGAUUGCGAAGCCCGGGGGGGCCCUGGCGGUCUCUGUGCUGUGGAUUCAGGGGCCUGGGGCACUGCCGGAGUUUCUUUCCCUCCUGUCAGCUGCAAAGGACUGAAGCUCUGACCGGGCCUCUUGGACUCGAACCUGCCCAGAAUCGGGCUCAUGGCAGGUCUUGCAAACUCUGCUCCCCCCCUUCCCUGUACAAACGUCGCCCGCUUCGGAGGCGAAUUGUCCCGCGGCUCCUCUGUCUGACUGGGCUGCAGCAGAGGGUGCUGGAAAGUCCUGUCUGGAAGCACUGACGACUCGCUUUUGAAAUGGUCCUUUAUUGGCAUCUGUUUAUCUGUAUCUCUGAUACUGUAGGGUCUGGGUUAGCGCCUCGGUUGGCAGAGCAGCGAGCCCAUCUGGCUGCCCGCCUCCUGCCCUGGGGCCACGAAGGGCCCUCUGAACUCUCAGCCCUGCCCCAGGGUUUGUGGUAGUGAGAACAGCUGUGGCGUUUCUGCGCUUGCCACGACGCCAGUGUGACCGGCUCAGCUGGGAACUCGCCCGCUGGCAAAGGUUGGCCUGCUUUGGGGAGGGCUCAGUUGGAAUGGAACUCUAAAAGGAUGGGGUGCUCCCCCCCUCACACCCCACCGAGGUGCAACCAACCCUGCUAACUUCCAUCCAGUGGCAGCUGGGUGAGGGCGCCUCCUGCAGGGUUAGUGAGCCCAAUUUCCCUGGGUGAUGGUCUAGAAACUCUACAGCAUUCCAUCCGGGGCUCUUCCCCAGCAAGGCACGCGUGUGUCUCAGCCUGAAGGACCUGCCCCAUUGCAACAUAGCCUGGCAAGGGGGCUGAGCGUUAAUGGGGCUGCCUCCACGAGAGAGCUGCUGUCCCAGCUACGCAUGUGGGAAGCAUCUGGGGCAAAGGUAGGCAUGCAUCCGUGUCGCUCCCAGGCACCCCCUACUGGGAGGUCAUGCAGCGUGCAAGUCAUGCAGAAUGGAGGGGAAGGAUCUGCUGCAGAAGGGGUUGCAGUAUCACUGGGUCUGCAAGGGCUAAUCUGCUGUAGCAGGCACUGCCCAGCUCUUGGCAAUGCCACGCGGCAGCUCGUCUCCAGAGAACCAGAUGCUUCCAGUGCUGUGGAAGAGGGCCGAAUGGUGCUGCUUUGUUCAGGGGCUAAAAUGAUUGCCCCGCUAACCCCACCCCGGAGACUCCUUGAGGAUGGAGAGCAGCUGCUACAAGAAGUUGAGUUAGGUUUUUUCCCCCUAAGUUUGGGAGAAGAUUCACUAAAAGUCUGUAAAAUUGGGAUUUUUAAAAUAUUUUUUUGAUUCAGAGUAAAAUCCUUUUAAUAGA